CAUUGAUACCUUCAUGUGGAUACGAGCAACAACGCGCUCGGAAGAAAGGAAACAGAAGGAUCAAGAUCGCAACCCCGAGUGGGGGCAGUUAGGAGGCUCGAGGUUUGAUUUAGACUGCAGGCUUGCGAAUGCGAGGACCCAUUGAAUAUACCCGCGGUACCAGGUGAUUCGUUGUGGUGGAUCGACAGGACACCGUUGGCCGUUUCCGACUUGGCAGGGACAGGGACGUAAUGGUCGGACCUUUCCCAUAUGCUGUGUCGAUGCUCCCGCUCUUCAGUCUGACAGCGCGUGCACUGUCUUCUUUCUGUUUUGUCUCACCUUUUUCGUAUGAAUUGUAAUUCAUCAUGGCGCUGAUACAACGAUAUGGCCUGUACACGAUUCUAGCGGCCGUGUUUGUGUACAUGCUGUACUCCCUGAGCUUCCCAUACGAGACCGACGAUCCCAAUGCGAAACCGAGCCCUCCCGCGAACGAUGCCGAAGCACAGCGCCCCGGGCAGCAGCAGUCGCAGCAGCCGUACAAAUCCAUCGAUUGGGCGAGAAAACCAAUUCAGCAUCCUGUCAAAAGCCUGGCUCAACUACCCACGGGAACACCGGCGAAGCUACCUAAGAUACAAUUCGACUUCAAAGAGGAGGACCCUACUGCCAAGAAGAUACGCGAAACAAGGAAAGAAGAGGUCAGGAAGCAGUUUCUGAAAUGUUGGACGUCAUACCGCCAGAUGGCUUGGAUGCACGACGAGCUGAGACCCAUCAGCGGCGAAGUCAGCGACCACUUUGGAGGGUGGGCUGCUACGCUCAUUGAUGCCCUAGACACACUGUGGAUCAUGGGCUUCAAGGAAGAGUUUGAGUCUGCCAUCAAAGACGUGGAGAGAAUCGACUUUGGAUACACUGCGCUCGAAAAGGUCAACGUGUUCGAGACAAACAUUCGUCAUCUCGGUGGCCUGCUAGCAGCAUAUGAGCUGAGCGGGGAGAAGAGGCUCCUCAACAAGGCAAAGGAAGUCGGAGAGAUGCUCUACCAUGCAUUCGACACGCCCAACCACAUGCCUGUCACGAGAUGGGAUUUCCGCGCUGCAGGGGAGGGCAAGAAACAGAUUGCAGACAAUCAGGUUCUGCUCGCUGAAAUUGGAUCCAUGACCUUGGAGUUCACACGUCUGUCCCAGCUCACUGGCGACCCUAAAUGGUACGAUGCAGUGACUCGCGUCACCAAAGAACUCGAGAAGCAGCAGGACAAUACCAAGUUGCCUGGCAUGUGGCCAAUCGUCGUCAAUGCAAGGAAACUCGACUUCACCGAGGACAACGGAUUCACCCUGUCAUCCAUGGCCGAUUCCACUUACGAAUACCUUGGGAAGAUGCAUGCUCUGCUUGGCGGCCAGGACUCGGUAUACAAGAAGAUGUACGAGAAGGCCAUGAGUACCGCAGUCAAGCAUGCCAUUUACCGCCCCAUGAUCCCAGACGAUUCCGAUAUGCUCAGCUCAGGCUCCGUCCGGGUGGAGGGUGCGACCGUGUUCCUGGACCCAGAGCUGCAGCACCUGGGCUGCUACACCGGCGGCAUGUUUGCUUUAGGAGGCAAGGUGUUGGCCAACAAGGAGCACGUUGCGAUUGGGCGCAAGCUUGCCCAUACAUGCGUGUGGGCGUACAAGAGCAAUCCAGCAGGCAUCAUGCCUGAGGUGUCACAUCUUGUCAAGUGUGCUAACAUAACUGAGUGCCACUGGGAUGACAAGGCAUGGCAUGCCGAGAUCACAGCAAGGGCUGAUCUGCAGAGAGAAGCGGAUCCAUUGAAGAACAUCGCGGGGCUUAGAUUGCCCCCUGGGUUCUCAUCGAUUGGAGACCGUCGCUAUAUCCUUCGACCUGAGGCCAUUGAGAGUGUCUUCAUCCUGUACCGCAUAACGGGAGAGCAGUCAUGGCAGGCAGCGGGCUGGGACAUGUGGACUUCAAUCCUAAGGGUUACGGAUACCGACAUUGGCAACGCUGCUCUGCUUGACAUUUCAGCAGACACACCACCAAUGACGGACUCGAUGGAGAGCUUCUGGAUGGCCGAGACCCUCAAAUACUUCUUUCUUCUCUUUAGCGAUCCAACCUCAAUCAGCCUCGACGACUACGUUUUCAACACCGAAGCACAUCCCUUCAAACUCCCCAAGGCCAAGCAGUAAUGGACGGUGGCGGGAGCCCGGUGCAGCGUUUGUCCUUUCGAGUCUCGCGUGUAUACCCAAUCGAAUCGAAGUUAGAGAACAUAUCAUUGUGAGGAGUUGCUAGAUACAACUGGACCCAAUCCGACCUCGAAUGCAGACGGCGAGGCUGCUUGUCAAUCGUGAAGUUGUACCGCCGCCAGACUUCAGUGGACUCUAAGGCACCAUGACGGCACAUCGAAACACCAUCGCAUCAUAAUGUCAUCACAGUCUAAACAGCACCUAUAAACAUAAAGAGCCGCAGAUUUUGUAAAACUCACUUUCAAUCGCAAGUUCAGACAGAUCCUCUGCAAAUCACCACAUCUUAAACGAACAAGCCUGGCGAGGCUGGCAUUGGUGGACCCAAUGGACCCAAUUUCGGCACCAGGUAGACGGAUGGUGGAUCUUCACGAAGAUGCAAUGACACUGCACACCUUAGCGAUGGCGUUAGUAGACAUAAAAUAAUGUAGAAUGAGCA